GCUGAGACUGUCACUCAUUCUCCGAUCAGCGCGUGAACGCAGCUCAGCAGCCGCUGGCAGGAAACAAUUCUGCAAAAAUAAUCAUACUCAGCCUGGCAAUUGUCUGCCCCUAGGUCUGCUGCUCUGCCGCCGUCCACACUCGCUGCAAGGGGGGCACAGAAUUUACCGCGGCAAGAACAUAUCUUCCGGCCAGCAGAUUACAAUGCUGCAAACUAAGGAUCUCAUCUGGACUUUGUUUUUCCUGGGAACUGCAGUUUCUCUGCAGGUGGAUAUUGUUCCCAGCCAAGGGGAAAUCAGCGUUGGAGAGUCCAAAUUCUUCUUAUGCCAAGUGGCAGGAGAUGCCAAAGAUAAAGACAUCUCCUGGUUCUCCCCCAACGGAGAAAAGCUUACCCCGAACCAGCAGCGGAUCUCAGUGGUGUGGAACGACGAUUCUUCCUCCACCCUCACCAUCUACAACGCCAACAUCGACGACGCCGGCAUUUACAAGUGUGUGGUCACUGGCGAGGAUGGCAGUGAGUCGGAGGCCACCGUCAACGUGAAGAUCUUCCAGAAGCUCAUGUUCAAGAAUGCACCAACCCCACAAGAGUUCAGGGAGGGGGAGGAUGCUGUGAUCGUGUGCGAUGUGGUCAGCUCCCUCCCACCAACCAUCAUCUGGAAACACAAAGGCCGAGAUGUCGUCCUGAAAAAAGACGUCCGAUUCAUAGUCCUGUCCAACAACUACCUGCAGAUCCGAGGCAUCAAGAAAACAGAUGAGGGCACUUACCGCUGUGAGGGCAGGAUCCUGGCGCGGGGGGAGAUCAACUUCAAGGACAUUCAGGUCGUUGUGAAUGUGCCACCCACCGUGCAGGCCAGGCAGAACAUUGUGAAUGCCACCGCCAACCUCGGACAGUCCGUCACCCUGGUGUGCGACGCUGACGGCUUCCCAGAGCCCACCAUGAGCUGGACAAAGGAUGGAGAACAGAUAGAGAAUGAGGAAGACGAUGAGAAGUACAUCUUCAGCGAUGACAGCUCUGAGCUGACCAUCAGGAAGGUGGACAAGAACGAUGAGGCUGAGUACGUCUGCAUUGCUGAGAACAAGGCUGGAGAGCAGGAUGCGUCCAUCCACCUCAAAGUCUUUGCAAAACCCAAAAUCACUUAUGUAGAGAACCAGACUGCCAUGGAAUUGGAGGAGCAGGUUACUCUCACCUGUGAAGCUUCUGGGGACCCCAUUCCCUCCAUCACCUGGAGAACUUCCACCCGGAACAUCAGCAGUGAAGAAAAGACCCUGGAUGGGCACAUGGUGGUGCGCAGCCACGCCCGCGUGUCGUCGCUGACCCUAAAGAGCAUCCAGUACACAGACGCUGGAGAGUACAUCUGCACUGCCAGCAACACCAUCGGCCAGGACUCCCAGUCCAUGUACUUGGAAGUGCAAUAUGCCCCCAAGCUACAGGGCCCCGUGGCUGUGUACACUUGGGAGGGGAACCAGGUGAACAUCACCUGUGAGGUGUUUGCCUACCCCAGUGCCACAAUCUCAUGGUUCCGAGAUGGUCAGCUGCUGCCAAGCUCCAACUACAGCAACAUCAAGAUCUACAACACCCCAUCUGCCAGCUAUCUGGAGGUGACCCCAGACUCUGAAAAUGACUUCGGAAACUACAACUGCACUGCAGUGAACCGCAUUGGACAGGAGUCCUUGGAAUUCAUCCUUGUCCAAGCAGACACCCCCUCGUCACCAUCCAUCGACCGGGUGGAGCCAUACUCCAGCACAGCACAGGUGCAGUUUGAUGAGCCAGAAGCUACAGGUGGGGUGCCCAUCCUCAAAUACAAGGCCGAGUGGAAAGCAAUGGGUGAAGAAGCGUGGCAUUCCAAGUGGUAUGAUGCCAAAGAAGCCAGCAUGGAGGGCAUUGUCACCAUUGUGGGCCUGAAGCCAGAGACGAGGUACGCAGUGAGGCUGGCAGCCCUCAACGGCAAGGGGCUGGGGGAGAUCAGCGUGGCCUCCGAGUUCAAGACGCAGCCAGUCCGGGAACCCAGCGCACCUAAGCUCGAAGGGCAGAUGGGCGAGGACGGAAACUCUAUUAAGGUGAAACUGAUCAAGCAGGAUGACGGCGGCUCCCCCAUCCGGCACUACCUGAUCAAGUACCGAGCGCUCUCCUCCGAGUGGAAACCAGAGAUCAGGCUCCCGUCUGGCAGUGACCAUGUCAUGCUCAAGUCCCUGGACUGGAAUGCUGAGUAUGAGGUCUACGUGGUGGCUGAGAACCAGCAAGGAAAAUCCAAGGCGGCUCAUUUUGUGUUCAGGACCUCGGCCCAGCCCACAGCCAUCCCAGCCAAUGGCAGCCCCACCUCAGGCCUGAGCACCGGGGCCAUUGUGGGCAUCCUCAUCGUCAUCUUUGUCCUGCUCCUGGUGGUCGUGGACAUCACCUGCUACUUCCUGAACAAGUGUGGCCUGCUGAUGUGCAUUGCCGUCAACCUGUGCGGAAAAGCCGGGCCCGGAGCCAAGGGCAAGGACAUGGAGGAGGGCAAAGCCGCCUUCUCGAAAGACGAGUCCAAGGAGCCCAUCGUGGAGGUUCGGACUGAGGAGGAGCGGACCCCAAACCAUGACGGAGGGAAACACACAGAGCCCAACGAGACCACGCCACUGACGGAGCCCGAGCUGCCUGCCGACACCACAGCCACUGUCGAGGACAUGCUGCCUUCUGUCACCACCGUCACCACUAACUCUGACACUAUCACCGAAACCUUUGCCACUGCUCAGAACAGCCCCACCAGUGAGACCACCACCCUGACCUCCAGUAUUGCCCCUCCAGCCACGGCCACACCUGACUCAAACUCUGUGCCCGCUGGCCAGGCCACCCCUUCCAAGGGGCCCGGCGUCUCUGCCUCCUCCCCGCCCCAAGCUUCAGCCCCCAAGGUUGCCCCCCUCGUUGACCUGAGCGACACCCCGACCUCAGCCCCUGCGGCUAGCAAUUUGUCUUCUAGUGUCCUGGCUAACCAGGGGGCUGUCCUCAGCCCAAGCACCCCCGCCAGUGUGGGGGAGCCCUCCAAGGCCCCUCCGGCCAGCAAGCCGGCCCCUGUGCCAGCCCCCACCCCAGCCGGGGCAGCCAGUCCUCUAGCAGCAGCUGCUGCCCCUGCCACAGAAGCCCCCCAGGCCAAGCAGGAGGCUCCCAGCACCAAAGGCCCGGACCCGGAGCCCACCCAGCCUGGCGCUGCGAAGAGCCCUGCCGAGGCAGCCACAGCCCUUGCUAGCCCGAAGAGCGAGGCUGCCUCCGCCAGCGCCACAAACCCUUCCCAGGGCGAGGACUUUAAAAUGGACGAAGGGAACUUCAAGACCCCAGAUAUUGACCUUGCAAAGGAUGUUUUUGCAGCCCUGGGCUCUCCUGCUCCUGCCGCUGGGGCCAGUGGACAAGCCCCUGAGCUUGCUCCUUCCACUGCAGACGGCUCUGUCUCGCCUGCGCCAGCAAAGACCGAGAAGGGCCCUGUAGAAGCAAAGUCGGAGUGCCAGGAGACAGAAACGAAGCCAGCGCCAGCCGAAGUCAAGACGGUCCCCAACGACGCCACACAAACAAAGGAGAACGAGAGCAAAGCAUGAUGGGUGACGAGAACCGAGCAAAGAUCAAAAUAAAAAGUGACACAACAGCUUCACCAGAGCAUUUCCAAUAUCACACGGACACACACACACAAACACACACACACACACACACACACACACACACAUCUCAUUCCUCUAGUGUCUUUUGCCUUUAAAAAAAAAAACGAAACAGAUAAACAUGGGAUCUCCUUUUUGUAGGUUUAUAGAAAGGGUUCCUUUGUUGCGCACUCACUUGUAAGAAAAUGAGACAAAAAGGUUAAACCCACAGCCAAACUAGGACACUCCGUUCCCUGAAACCAUUUAAAAAUCAAACAAAAGGACCCCAAAUUAAGAAUCUAGGAAGCUCAGAAAAAAAAAAAAAAAAAUCUAGGUUCAGGAAGACCACACUUGGUGUUACCCAAUUGGCACAGACCAGUUUCGGAGAAGUACUUUCAGGCACUAAGACUAACCGAAUGAACAAAGUCCACAGUUUAUUUUUAUACUUUCAGUCGAGUUUGAACUCUGUAAAACCUCAUAAAUAAGUUAUAAUUUCUGUUCACUUUGUAUUUGUUCAGUAUGCAAAGUGUGCCACCCUUUCUAGCUGAAUUCAGUUCCCACGUAGACUCUUGUUUUGUAGGAAGAAUGCCAAAUUGCAGCUUCUGGGGGUAGAUCUCAAUUUGCAGUAUUCAGACUUCUUUUUCUUUCUUUCUUUUUUUUUUUUUAUCCUUUCUGCCAACUUUGUUUUCCAGUGUUUACAAUUUGACAAAUGUUUGACUUCAGUUGUGUUUAAAUGUCCGUGUAAAAUAGCUGCCUUUUUUUUUUUUUUUUAAGUAACAAAUACCGCCUAAAGGUAGGUAGGAUCAUCACAGGCUUGCUUUAGAACAGACAACGUUACGAAAUAUGACUGUUUACAGUGGCUCUUCCCCCGUUCUGACCUACAGUUUUUGCCUGUGUCCGACUCAGGUGAAAAAUCCAUCUCGUUCCAGAAUGGUUUUGCUUUGGAUUUUUGGUUCUUUUUUUGUUCCUUUGGGGGUUAGACCACUUUCCGAUUAGCCGCCACCUGCCUGCAUGUGUGAAAAAGGGUCUGCUCCCCAGGCGCUGACACCCUUCCUUUUGAAGGACUCCUUAGGCUUUGUUGAAUGAAGCAGAGAAGAUUGUAUAGUUGGGGCUGGUCUUGGUGAUCACACGUUUUUACCCCAAACAUCCCCUUUUUUGUAGAAAGCCAAAUAAAAUAUAUACAUACCAUUUCCUUUUGAGCCCAGAAUCUAGAUUUGAGCGGAAGAGCAUGUGUGUGCUUCAGGGAAUUAGUGUCUUUUUUUGGAAAUCUGUUGAAGUAAAGUAACAUCGGCCUUCUGUUCACUUAGGCAGCAUUUAUAGAAACAAAAGAAGAAAAAAAAAAAAAACAACAACCUGUCUGGAGUCAUAACACAACUUUCCUGGAUUGGAAACCAAGUGGGGAAAAAAAUACAGAAACUUUUAAGGGGGAUGGGAGGGGGGAGAAGGGAAAAGCCAGCCCUUUGUAUAGAAAUUUUGCUUUUUUUUCUCAUUCUACUUUAGAACUGCAAGCUUGUGCACUGUGGAUGCGUGAAUAUUUUAGUGUGAAACGUGUUUUUGUCAUAGUAUUGAAAUAAAACUUCAACAUAGUUUGGUUGUGGAAGGUAUAGCAGAUAGUUCAGAAAAAUAUUCAGGAAACAAAAAUAACUCUUAAAAGGAAUCGAAGCCUUUAAUAAAGAAAAUGAAAUACAAAUGAUUAUGAUGACGAAGAUGUCGCUAAGUAAACAGAAAUCAGUACUCCGGCAUGCGUUCCUUUGCUAAGGUACAAAGCAGCAAGAGGUUAGGGUGGCAAGACUGCCCCUGAGUCUAUUCUGUGGGCCACACUCCCCAAUGCUCUGACAUUUCUGCAGUCUGAUCAGUGGCGAUGCUAGAUUAUAAUUUCAAACUGUGAAAAAUAAUGGUCUUGUCAUUUGCUAAAUGUGGGGUUAUUUUGCAUUUUCUCAGCUCAUGGGGAUGGAAAUGGAGGAUUCCAGAAUACACAGCCUGGCCCCUUUGGUUCUAGGACCUGCACAGAUCUAUGGUUCAAAUGCACAGGCCCUCGGGGAAGAAGGAACACGAAGACAGAUCUUAGAGCACACGGUAGAAUGUGAGAGGCAGGGAGGGCCCAGAGGUGAGGGGCAGGCUCUUCUGGUCACAAGACUGUUCCGCGGAAUCAGUUCCUCGUCUUGUGACGUUGAAUGGCUUUGACCAAGCAGGCCAAGCCCGCACCAUACUUUGUCAAGACUGUGCAGUACGUUCCAAGUGGUUGUGGUUAGGCAAACUGAUCUUGAUUCCGAUGGUUAGAAAGAGACAGAGGUGUAGUCAGCCCUCAGAUAACCUGGCCCAGGGCAGCUGACCCCCCAGAACCCUGGCUCCACCAUUAGCUGGUACCCAAGACUCUGCCCACACUUUGGUCUGCCUCUCUCCCAUUACACAUAGGUUUGUCUCAGCAUGCAUGAGUUUUCCUUUU